GGAUCAGUUUCUGUUUCUUGAGAAGUUAACACAUGCUGUAAGAAAGCCAGAUCACAUUUUUUUAGCCGUUUGAGAUGAACUGGUGGGUGGAUCCUGGCAACUAAGCACAGAUUCCUGGUUAAAAAACAAAAACCGACCUUCAGUCCUGGAGGAGUUCAUAACACAGCUCUUGCUCUCCUGAACUCUCAUUUCUGGAUCUCGAACUAUUUGCUUGUUGCUGUUUAGAAGAGAUAGUCUACAACUCCAUAGAAAAUCCUAAGAAGGAGACACCAUGCCCAAACCACCAACUCUUAAUGAACUGAAGAGGCUGGAGGAGACUGGAUUUGGUAAACCUUAUCCAAGACACGGACUCAAGCUGCUUUACUGGUUUGCUAAAGAAUGUCUGGAUUUUGAUGUCUACAAUAAGAUGUCCUGGCAGUACGAUCCAGAAGAAGGACAUUUUGGUUUCCACCUUUAUGAAAACAGAAAUGACAGAAACGGUGAAAAACUCCUGCCUGAGGUGGAGCUUGACUACUACGAGGUGGGCAAUCUGAGCAGAGCAGGAGCACAGGACCUGCCAGAUUACGUUCAAAAGGAUUAUAUCAAAAACCGUGAUGACUGCGACUGCAAUAUGGACCGCAUCAUAGUCAGCGUUGAUGAUGACUGUUUUGACAAAGUCUAUGUAACUGAGCACAGUGAUCGGGCAGAUUUCAACAAGGAAGCCACGUACUGCAUCAGCAGGGGCCUCAUUAUGAUUAUCAGGGAGCUGACCUUAGAGGACUUUCUCACAGAAACUGGGUAUCCGACACUGAGAAUGAACACUGAUCUGAAUACUGAGUUUUCGAUACAAAUAGAGGACCCUAGUUUAUUGGAUCAUAAUAAAAAUAAAAAACGCUGCAGAUGUAUCAUACUAUAACAGGGCUCUACAGUGAGACCAUUUCACUCGCAUUUGAGACUGAAAAGUUCUUUGUGCAACUGUGAAUAAAUAUUUAGGAGCACCAGUGUGAGUGACCUGUUCGGAGUUGUAUAAUACAGGGAUUCCCAAACUUUUCCAGGGCAAGGCCCCCCAAAUGGCAUUAACAUUUGACCGAGGCCCCCCUUUUGCAAGAUGUCUUUAAAAUGCAUUAAAAAUACAGACUUCUGAAUAUAUCCCCCCUUUUUUAUUAAUAUUUACAUCUUACAUCUUUACAUUACAUUACAUUAGGAAUUGAUUGUGUGUGUGUGUGUGUUGUCUGAGAGUGAGAAAGAGAAAACAUACUAGUGGGAGGGAUGGGCACACCAAAUUGUUGAGGCCCCCCGGGCGCCCCCUGGCGGCCCCAAAGGGGGCCCCCACUUUGAAAACCACUGGUAUAAUACAAUCGGAAUAAAAACUUAAACUCCAAAAUGCAUCUACACCGUGCAACAGUUACUUUCACAAUGCUUUUCUUCACCUCAUUCAACCGAACAAGUGUGGAAAUACUGCAGAGAAGCCUUUAUGAUGACAAGUACCUCUGUACAUCAUCUGCUUCUCUCAAACCGCCAUCUUUUAUUGAUCCCGCUAAAUGACCUGCUCAUGUAGAGACAGCGGUAAAUUAAUAAUAAGGUUAACGCUACAAGGUGGGUUUUAAUUCAAACUUCUUUAUUAAAUAAUUCCUCAUCAAUCAUAAUCAAGAGUAGCAACAGUUUAGUCUGUAAACAAACAGUACACUGCAGCUCUCCAUUCACAAACUCUAAUAGCGCAUUCACUUUAUUUAAACUCAGGGUUGCCAGAUAUCACUAGAAAAGUAAACUCCAGUUUCCUUGGUUUGGUUUGAUUUAAUCCCCUAAAAAACACAAUAUUAUCAGCAGACAUGGCAACACUGUACUGGAGAACCGAUCUAAAACUGAUAAACAAACAAACAAACAGAAAACUAAUAAAAUGUAAAGACAGAAAAUGUGCUUCGUUAUAAAUAAAGAAUUUAAUAUUAAAAAUAGAUAUUAUAAUAACUUCAUAAAAUAUCAAUAAAAUGAGAAAUGAAAUAAUUUUUAAUUACUAUGGGUUGCAUUUAAUAUCAAUUUGACAUUAAGCUUAGUUCGCUAUCUCCUUGGAAAGCUAUUAGCCUUUUUCCUAAUAUGGAUCAUUUUUGUGUUAGUCUACUUUGAAUUAGGACUCUUUAUUGUUUAAGAUAUUUAAAAAUAAAUAUUUUAUGCUUGUUUAUUUAUCAAUUAACCAACAGUAUCUCAUUGCUAUUAUUUUAACUCAAUUAACAGUGACCACGAGCAGAGAGCUUAUAUUUAACUGUUUAUGACAGACCUCCUGAUUAAAGCUUAAAUAAAAAAAGAUUGGUAUCUGGAUCGGUAUCGGUCAUAAAAAUCCUGACCGGAGCAUUGGAGCAGUAAUGAACACCAUUAAACUAAAGCGCUUUGCAUCUGACGGGUAAAUGAACUCACCCAAUCACAUCCUAUAUGAGAUUAUUCAGAUAUAUACACAAUAUACACAGAACGGUUCGAGAACUGACUCCAGCCCAGAACCAUGACAGUGGGAAAUGUCUAAUAGUGUAGCUUUAAAUAUUUUUAAGAGGAGCAGACUUCAAACACUGAACAUUGAGGUUUAUUGUAUUUGUUUAGAAGGUGGAACAGGUUAACGUUUGUUGUUUUUUUGCAAACAGCCUGUAAAAUUAACUGAAAAUAUUACAUUUAGUUUAUCAGAAGGUAAAUUAAUUAGUCAUGGCUCACACUAUGUUCCUAAAUUCUGUCAUAAUUGACAAGCUCAAGUUUUCUCAUGCAUACUUGUGUGUUAUAUUGUAGCACAUUAAUGUUACCAUCUCUAAAAAACAAACAACAAAAAAAAACAAACUAAACUUCAACUGUGCUCCUAAAUUUUUGACUGUGCUCCUAAAUUUUUGUAAUUCGGAGCACAAGUGCUCCUAAAAGAAAUUGUUACCGUAGAGCCCUGCAUGUAGUAAUCAUUUGAGAGCAAAAUGCAACCAUUUUAAUAAAAAGAAAUGUUGUGAUUGUUGCCUGACAUGGGUUAACAGUAGUGCUGACUGCAAGGCAAAUCAGAGGUUUAUAUUAAGAUGCUUGUUCAAAUACAUUAACAUUUCUAUACUAAGAUCUCUUUCACAGGGACAUGUACGGUGGACACGCCACAUAAACUAAACCUACUAACUAAUAAAUGGAUUAAAAAUGUGUUGUUACUUAACAACGAGGUGUAAUUGUUAAUUCUAAGGAGAUGCUUAUUUAACAUUUAUGGAAGGAGUCUCCAGUGUUUUUUAACAGUCAGUAAGUUUUCGGACAUGAGAAAGUCUUCAGGACAGAGGGGUUUUCACUUUGCGGUUUGUCGAUAAUAUGACAAGAAUGAGAAAACAGAAAGGCGGUGAGGGAACGACUAUUUAGAGCUGCUAUAAUGUAUGUAAGUGAUAACAGGAACUAUCUUGACUUGAGGCUGCUUCAUAACAUUAAAUGUAACUAUAAUUUUUUAAAAGUAUGGUGAGUUAUUUGUAUAAUUUGGUGGACGUUUCACACUGGAAAUUCUUCUGGUGAAGGAAACAACUGUUUAUAGUAGUUAUAAUGUGAGUGAUAACAGAAACUAGCUUGUCUUGUGGACAUUCCAUCCAUCUAUCCAUUUUUUAUACCACUUAUCCUACAGUGUUAUGGGGAACCUGGAGCCUAUCCCAGGGAACAUCGGGCACAAGGCGGGGUACACCCUGGACAGGGUGCCAAUCCAUCGCAGGGCACGAUCACAUACACACUCACACACCCAUUCAUACACUAUGGACAUGCCAAUCGACCUACCAUGCAUGUCUUUGGACUGGAGGAGGAAACCAGAGUACCCAGAGGAAACCCCCGCAGCACGGGGAGAACAUACAAACUCCGUGCACACAGGGCUGCGACGGGAAUCGAACCCUCGACCCUGGAGAUCUGAGGUGUACGUGCUGCAGACAUUCCACAACAUUAAAAGUAAAUAUCAACGGAUGAAAGUAUGAUCUGUUGUUCUUUAACGAAUUAAAAAAUAUCAUCGACAUUGCUGUGGUAUAAAAGGAAUAAAACAUUCUGGGACAUGGGAUGACGUUGAUUAAUUUCCUACAGUGUGUCCCAAAGUGUUUUAUUGCAUACAUGUUUUAGAACCGUGAAAGGACUAUCUAGGAUAAGUGUAGGAUUUUAAUAACACUUCAUUCAUUAUGUGUUGUAUAAUGUUAUUUUGAAAUAUUGUGAUAUUUUUGCAAAUGCAUUGUAUAUCAGUGUAUGGUUUUGGAAGUGGUUUAAUACGUAUGUUUAUUAAGCAACUGGCAACCCUGCUAUAGGCUUGUACAGCAUCCUGAGCCUCUGAUCAGACACCCUCUGAUCCAUUUGAAUCUCUUGAUUUGUGCACCUGAGCCGCAGCCCUGCAUCCCAAAAAGGAAGACGAUUAUUUCACCAUGAACUCUGAUGUGGAUGGUGACCUGGAAAAUCAGGUGGAGUUGGAGGAGAAAACGAGGCUCAUAAGCCAGGUGCUGGAGCUGCAGAACACUCUCGAGGAUCUCUCGGCACGAGUGGACGCCGUGAAAGAGGAAAACCUCAAGCUCAAGUCCGAGAACCAAGUUCUGGGUCAGUACAUCGAGAACCUCAUGUCUGCCUCCAGCGUCUUUCAGACCACUGACUCCAAAAGCAAACGGAAGUAAGGGAGGCUUCCUGACUUCCCCCUGGAAGAGUCCGUUACAGUCCAUUAACUCUCCGCCAUGGAUGCCCGCGUUUACUUUAUUUUAAAUUUUAUCCAUGUAUAGACGCUAUCUAAGAUACCACUGUUACACGUUACGUUUACGGCGCUGCUUUUGAUCUGCUCUUAAUAUCACAUGACUAAAAAUAUCCUAUUAAUUCAUGAAGCUGUUGUAUUCUGUGACAAUAGGAGUAAUUUUUUUCAUUUAUAUUUAAUAUUAUCAUUUUUGCCUUAUGUUAGGGCAGGGUAUUAAAACUUUCACUGCUAAAUAGUUCCAUUAAUUUAUUGAUGGCAUUCAUUUGUGUUGCAUUUUGUUACUAUUUCAUGUUGUAUUUAUUUAAUUUUCGUUUUGUAUUUUUAAAAAAAAAGCUGUUUUAGUUUUUUCUUUUUCUUUUCGGGAACACAGCAGUGGUGAAUGUGCCUGUGAAGCUGCUGUGUGCCACCACCAUGUGUUUUAGGUAAAUGGAUAAAUUAGGUGAGUUAUUCAGGUACUUCUGUUCAGGGAAAUAACAUUUCUGAUCUCCUGGUGCUUUUCACUGAGGAGUUUUAACAGGCCUCCAUUACAGCUGUGUCCACGCACAAUAUUCCUGAGCUGUAUUUAACAUUUGUGUAAUAGUUAAAACGUUUAACCAUUGUUUGAUCUUAUUAGUGCCUGUUUUAAUAAACAUAUGUUUUCAUUUGAAAUCUGGUGCUCAUUAAUAUAUUAAGUAUACGGUACACACAUGGAUUACAGUCUCCUCCGAAAGUAUUGGAACAGCAAGGCCAAUUCAGUUGUAUUCGCUAUAUAUUGUUUGAGGUCGAAAGAUGGAUAUGAGAUGAUGGAUCAGAAGGGUUUGUCCCUUC